AUCAAGCUCUACAACAAGAUCACAUCCCGCCUGGCUGACGUCUUCAACCAGCGCUGUGAAGUGAACCGCCGCGCCUCGGUCAGCGGCUGCGUCAUCAACACCUGCGGCUGGGUGAAGGGCUCGGGCUACCAGGCGCUGGUGCACGCUGCCUCUGCCUUCGAGGUGGACGUGGUGGUGGUGCUGGACCAGGAGCGGCUCUACAACGAGCUGAAGAGGGACCUGCCCCACUUUGUGCGUACUGUCCUGCUCCCCAAGUCUGGCGGGGUGGUGGAGCGCUCCAAGGACUUCCGGCGGGAGUGCCGAGAUGACCGUAUCCGGGAGUAUUUCUACGGCUUCCGGGGCUGCUUCUACCCUCACGCCUUCGACGUCAAGUUCUCCGAUGUCAAAAUCUACAAGGUGGGGGCUCCCACCAUCCCGGACUCCUGCCUGCCCCUGGGAAUGUCGCAGGAGGACAACCAGCUGAAGCUGGUGCCAGUGACACCUGGGCGGGACAUGGUGCACCACCUCCUGAGCGUCAGCACUGCCGACGCCCGUGCCGACGGCCCCGACGACAACAUCUCUGAGACCAGCGUGGUCGCCUUCAUCGUCGUCACUGGCGUCGACCUGGAGCGCCAGGUCUUCACCGUCCUCUCCCCCGCCCCUCGCCCCCUGCCCAAGAAUUUCCUCCUCAUCAUGGACAUCCGCUUCAUGGACCUGAAGUAGCGGAGGAACGG